AUGUUACCGAGUGACAAUGUCAUGACGGACAGCUUUUACUCAACAAAGAGACUAGUCCAAGGAUUGGGGCUUCUUGUACAAAAGAUACAUUGUUAUGUUAAUGGUUGUAUGAUUUAUUGGAAAAAUGAUCAAGAACUUACCAGAUGCAAGUUUUGUGACCAUGAAAGGUUCAAACGCCUCAAGCACACUAUGGAGAAAGGGAAGAGUCUAAUAGCAUAUAAAAAAAUGUAUUACUUCCCCAUUACACCACGUUUGCAACGACUUUAUGCAUCGUGUGUUACAGCUAAGUAUAUGACUUGGCACAAUGACCAUGCAAAUGAUGAUGGGGUGAUGCGUCAUUGUUCAGAUGCUCCUGCUUGGAAGCAUUUCAAUCAAACUCAUCCAACCUUUGCAAUGGAGGCCCGAAAUGUAAGACUCGGCCUUUGCACUGAUGGAUUUCAACCAUUCGGUCAAUCUGGGCAACAAUAUUCCUCAUGGCCAGUAAUAUUGCCACCAGGUAUGUGUAUGAAAGAUGAGUACAUGUUCCUGACAAUUAUCAUACCUGGUCCCAAGAAUCCAAAAGAGAAGCUUGAUGUGUACAUGCAACCAUUAGUGAAGGAAUUGAAAGAACUUUGGAAAAUUGGUGUGAAUACUUACGAUGCUUUCCAGCAGAACAAUUUUACUAUGCGUGCUGCUUUACUUUGGACUAUUAGUGACUUCCCUGCUUAUUCAAUGCUUUCAGGGUGGAGCACAGUAGGACGCACUGCAUGUCCCUACUAUAUUGAAAACAUAGAUGCAUUUACAUUAAAAGGGGGGGAACAAAUAUGGUUUGACAGUCAUCGGAAGUUUUUGCCCGACGACCAUGCUUUCCGUCGAAAUAAGAUAUCUUUUAUUAAAAACCGAACUGUCUCCAAAUCAUCGCCGACAAUUAGAACUGGGGAAUACUUGCUAAAAUACAUUGACAGUCAUGAAAUAAAUGGUCGGCUUUUAAAGACAACUGGUUGGCGUAAGCGGAGCAUACUGUGGGAUUUGCCAUAUUGGUCAACAAAUAUGAUUCGCCACAAUCUUGAUGUAAUGCACAUUGAAAAGAAUGUGUUUGAAAAUAUUUUUAAUACAGUGAUGAAUGUUGAGGGGAAGACGAAAGACAAUAUAAAAUCAAGGAAAAAUUUAAAUGAAAUAUGUAGGAGACUAGAAUUGAAGAAAGACCCAAUUAGCGGAAAAUAUCCAAAAGCGAGUUAUUGUUUGGAUAAGCAAUCAAAGAUUAUACUGUGUGAUUGGCUUAAAACACUGAAAUUCCUUGAUGGAUAUGUUUCCAAUCUAGGGAGAUGUGUUGAUAGUCGGAAGCUAAGACUUUUUGGUAUGAAAAGCCACGACUGUCAUGUUUUCAUGCAACAAAUUCUUUCUAUAGCUCUCAGAGAAUUAUUACCGAAUAAUGUUUGGCAACCAAUUGUAAUACCCGGCUAG